AUGUAUCUACCAAGAAUUAAUCUUGUUUUGAUUGAAUAUUUUCUUGAAUGUCCUUUAAAAAAUAAGCACAGUUCAAAGUUUUUUUUAAUUCCAAUUUGGAGUAACAACAACGACACACAUUCAAUAGUUUUCGCAAUGCUACUUAUCAAUAAAGUGCUAACUUUGUGGACAAUAUGCUGCAUACUCUUAUUUUCACAAAUUUCACAGUCCAAUGGGAUUAUAAUCAACAAUUGGUUGAUUGUAUUGAUACCAAUGUGCUUUGUGGAUUUUAUUCUACUCAUCACAAAUAUACUGUUCAUGUCUGGAAGACCUCCUCAAAUAUUCGGUGAUUAUGAUGCGGGGAGCAAACUCAAUCGAACAUUGAUAGUGAGUUUUAUGCUGUGGAAAUUGGCUGGACAGACUGUUGUUUGCUUGUAUUUGGAGGGAUAUGUAGAUGGUUUAUCUUACAAUGGAUUUCGACAGUUCCACCACGAGAUCCACCUGCGAGACAUCGCCUUGUUUUCUCAGUGUUUCCUUUAUGGACUACCAUGCUCAUGUGUUUAUUAG